AUGAGCAGUCUUGAUAAUAUAAUAAUAAAUGUGCACAAGAUCACAGAAGAUGGAAUGGUAGUAACAUCUAUAAGGCACGAACUGGACCCGAAUACCAAGGAACUCAUCUCUAGAACUUAUUUCACUCCGGAAAAUGUAAGUUUUAACGAUAAUAACGACGAUAAAUUACACUUAAACUACCAGCGCUUCGAAGUCGACGAGGAAGUUAUAAAAUGUUUGAAACUGGAAGACGUCCAAAUAGUUCAAUCCCCAGAUUCUUCAGAAGCAGCGCUUGAUAAAAAGCCCGUUCUUAACAUCCCAACAAUGAUCAGGUGCCAAAACUGUGAAACGAAUUUCCCGACGAAAUAUCAGUACCAGCGACACCAGUGCGAAUUUAAUGCUGAGAGAGUUGUCCUCAAGGCCGACGCAGACGUCAAGGACAUCGACAAGGGUGUUCGUGUUAAAUAUGUUUGCACUGUCUGCGACAAGCAGUUCGUCAGCAAGAACAAUUUGGAACGCCACCAGGCCGGUCACGAGAAUACCCAGGAUAACAUCUGUGAGCACUGUAAUAAACAGUUCGUUAGUGAGAACAGGCUUAGAAUCCACAAGGAAAAUCAUUGCAAGAAGUCUGGAGACAUCUCGAAAUUUUAUAGAAGCGACGUAACCGUGUGGAAGUGCAGAAAAUGCCACGAAGUGUUUUCCUCGACGGUUACAGCGAAUUACCACGUAGCUAUUUGCACUGAAAUAAUAGAAUUUGACGCCGAUUCCGAAGAGAACAAGGAACUGAGCUUCUUGCAGGAAGAAAUAAAGAGUUUCGCCUCGCUGAUCACGAACGGCGAGUCGAGCAAGGAUAAUUCCUCAGUCCACGUCGACGAUAAGAACAUCGAGAAGAUCCUGACGGAGAUCCUGCUCCAAUGCGAGUUCUGUAACAGGACCUACGCUGAAAAAAACUUGCUCCUGAUGCACCAACGGAAGCACACCACCGGGAAGAACUACGAAUGCGUCAACUGCAACCUGGUGUUCGAUUCCUACGCUGUCGCCGCUCAGCACUGGAUGAAGAAAUGCUCCGAAUACGUGAGCCUCUUUUACCUGCCGAAGUUGACCUACUGUGAGUACUGCGACAGGACCUUCAAGUCCCACGAGCUGCUCUACACGCACAAAAUCAAAAAGAAGCACUACACCCCUAAGCUGCACAUCCCCAACACUUCCGAUCAUGAGAAAAAGGAGACCGAUACCAAGGAGAAGGCUCUGGACAACAAGCAGAUCCUCAACAAGUUGAUCGAGGACGUGCUGAAGACUUUAGACGUGCCUGUGAACAAGAUCAACAACGUCAGUCCGUCAACCAUCAACGAGGACAGCAACAAGGAAAACGUCGAACCGGAGAAGUUGAUCGAUCUGAGUAAAGUGAAGACUGAGGUCCCGGAAGCCAGUUGCGGUGCAGUUUCCCAACAGGAAGCUCCGGAGAAGAAGAAGAGGGGCAGGAAGCGCAAAUGGCCCAAGAAUCAGUCGUUGAAGUUGAAGAAGUUCUGCGCGGAGGUCGACGACGGUUUCAAGUAUCAGUGUGAACGGUGCAUUAAGGUUUUCGGGACUAUCGUCGACCUGGAAACGCAUAGGGAGAAGGAACACGCCGCCAGUUUCACUUGCGAGGAGUGCGGACAGGUUCUCCACAGCGCCAAAGCGCUCCUUAUCCACAGUCGCGCCCACAAGAGUUUAAAACCUUACGUUUGCGAAACCUGCGGUAGGAGUUAUUCCCAAACUUCCCACCUGUGGCAGCACAUGCGGUUUCACCAAGGCAUCAAGCCCUUCGCCUGCCCCCACGAAGGCUGCGAGGCGAGGUACACCAUAAGGCCGGACUUGAAGGACCACAUCCGCAAGGUGCACACCAGGGAACGGCCUUUCCGGUGCACAGUGUGCGACAAGUGUUUCCUGACGGGGUCGGUUUACUACCAGCACCGUUUGAUACACACCAACGACAGGAGAUACGGAUGCGACCUUUGCCCCAAGAGAUUUUUCAGGGCCGACGCCUUGAACAACCACAGGAGGAUCCACACGGACGAGAGACCCUAUCCCUGUCAGGUGUGCGGGAGAGAGUUUAGGCAGAAGGGAGACCGGAACAAGCACCUGCGUACCCAACAUCCCGACGCUAUUAUACUGUAA